CUAAAAGUGGGAGAAAAGUGAGGUUCCCCAAAAACCAAUUCAUCCGUGCCGUCGGUGCUUACUACAUUUAUUGUCCAACCCGACAUUUUGAUUUCAAUAUUCACUUAUUCUACACUUUGCUCCAAAUCUAUAUUCACUAUCAAUAUUGUGAAGCAAAAUCAUGGGUCCCGAAUAUGAUUACUUGUUUAAACUUUUAUUAAUAGGAGAUUCUGGUGUUGGAAAGUCAUGUCUUCUCCUGAGAUUUGCUGAUGAUUCUUAUUUGGACAGUUACAUCAGCACAAUCGGUGUCGACUUUAAAAUACGCACCGUGGAGCAAGAUGGGAAGACAAUCAAACUUCAAAUUUGGGACACUGCUGGACAAGAACGCUUCAGGACAAUUACUAGUAGUUACUACCGUGGGGCACAUGGCAUCAUUAUAGUUUAUGAUGUAACUGACCAAGAAAGCUUCAACAAUGUUAAGCAAUGGUUGAAUGAGAUUGAACGCUACGCAAGCGACAAUGUAAACAAGCUUCUGGUUGGAAAUAAGUGUGACUUGGCUGACAACCGAGCUGUAUCUUAUGAUACAGCGAAGGCAUUUGCUGAUGAAAUUGGUAUUCCAUUCAUGGAGACUAGUGCAAAGAAUGCAACUAAUGUUGAGCAGGCCUUCAUGGCAAUGUCAGCUGACAUAAAGAAUAGGAUGGCAAGUCAGCCAGCGUCGAACAAUGCAAAGCCACCAACAGUGCAGAUACGAGGACAACCUGUUUCCCAGAAGAGUGGCUGUUGUUCCAGUUAGAAUCAUCUUUCAAGCUUUCUUUCUAGUUGUGUUGCCUUUUUUUCUUUCUUAUGCCUUUUUUUCUUUCUUAAAACUGUGCCAGUUCUUAUAUUCUUUUAAUCUGCCAGUAUUCUGGUGGCCUGUACAAAUCAUAAGGGUUGCUCAGGAUUUUUCUUUCCUCUUUGAUAUUUUUUCACUGGGGUACAAAGUUCCAUUGUUGGUUUCUGCUGUUUCAGACAGUUGUCAUAAGUUGGGUUUUUAAGAUGGGGAUAAGUGAGUUGUAAUGCUGUUGUACUACGUUUCACCUUAACUAUGAUGCUCUUUAAAUAAAUUGCUCCACAAAAACGUUACUAGUA